AUGGCGGAUCUCGAGGCGGUGCUGGCCGACGUCAGCUACCUGAUGGCCAUGGAGAACAGCAAGGACACGCCGGCUGCUCGUGCCAGCAAGAAAAUUGUCCUGCCAGAUCCCAGUGUCAAAAGCGUAAUGCACAAAUAUCUGGAAAAGAAGAAAGAAGUAACCUUCGAUAAAAUAUUCAAUCAAAUGUUUGGAUAUCUUCUAUUCAAAGACUUCUGCGAAAAUGUGGCGGAGGAACCAGUUCCGCAACUUAGGUUUUACGAAGAGAUUAAGGCGUACGAGAAGCUCGAAUGCCCUGAAGAAAGGAAAAAGCUGGCCAAAGAAAUCUAUGAUAAUUUCAUCAUGAAGGAGCUGCUAUCGCAUACGCACGAAUACUCCAUGGAAGCGGUGUCCACCGUUCAGGACUACCUCAUAAAAAACGAAGUUCCCGUUAAUUUAUUCGAGCCAUAUAUCGAAGAAAUUUUUAAUCACUUAAGAGGAGAGCCAUUCAAGAAGUUUUUGGAGAGUGAAAAGUACACCCGAUUUUGUCAGUGGAAGAAUUUAGAAUUAAAUAUGCAGUUGACAAUGAAUGACUUCAGUGUACAUCGAAUAAUAGGCAGAGGUGGAUUCGGCGAAGUUUAUGGCUGUCGGAAAGCGGACACAGGGAAAAUGUACGCCAUGAAGUGCCUCGACAAGAAGCGAAUAAAAAUGAAACAGGGCGAAACGUUAGCACUCAACGAAAGGAUAAUGCUUUCGGCAGUCAGUACAGGA